GGAUUGUGCUCUUCCUUCACCCUCUGUGUUUUUCUCAUCGUCCUAUAAAUAGCGAUACCGAUCCUCUGCCACCCCGAACUUUUCCUGUUCGCUUAGGGGGCGAGCUACAGAGAACAUCUCUGUUUGAUUGUGAACAGGAAAAGCUUCAAUAAAAAUGGAGCACAACGAGACAGGGUUCCAGGCGGCUCCUGAAGCUCCAAAACUUUGUGCCAACAACUGUGGAUUCUUUGGAAGUGCAGCAACGAUGAACUUAUGCUCCAAGUGCCACAAGGACUUGGUAUUGAAGCAAGAACAUGCUAAACUUGCAGCAUCAUCUGUUGGGAGUAUUAUGACUGGCAGCUCUAGUAACACUGCAAAGGAGCCUGUUGUUGAUGUAGAUCUACAAGCUCAUUCCCUGGAGUCCAUGGUCAUUUCAACUCCGGCAUCCUUUACUUCGACACUGAACAUGAAGGGGGGGGAGAAGGUGAAAGAGAGCCCAAAUAGGUGCAACACUUGCAGGAAACGUGUCGGUCUGACAGGGUUCAACUGUCGGUGCGGACAUAUUUUCUGUUCAGUUCAUCGAUAUUCUGAUAAACAUGGCUGCCCCAUUGACUACCGGACUGCUGCUCAGGAUGCUAUAGCAAAAGCAAACCCUGUCGUGAAGGCUGAAAAGCUAGAUAAAAUCUAGAGUUGUACCUGCACUAGACCCAAUUUCUGGGGCGUCUGUCUGUCAAGCUAAUGGCUUUCUAUUAGGUGUCCUGUGUUAUGCAUGGCUAUAAGCAUGUGGGGGCAUCUUUGCCGAAGACAUUAUGCCUUGUGGUCCUACUUGUGUGAGGAUGUAUUGAGCCAUUGGCUCUUGAAUGUGAUGCUUGUUUGUGCCAGUUUAAUGAAAAAAGUUUCCCGGGUCGUUCCUAA